AUGAAAAUAAAUUAUCUAUUCAAUUUUCUGGGAUACUCAUUCGGAUUUGUACUUCCUGCCUCUAUCGGUUUGUCAGUUGCUGCCCAUGAUGAUAAAGACAACGCCAAACACUUUCUCAAAGUCGUGUACAUCUGGCUAGUAAUAAAUUUUUUCGUCGCACCUGUGGCUAAAACAAUUGACAAUAUAUUUUUGGUUAAUAUAUGGCCAACAAUAUUCCUAAUUUACUCAAUCAGUAUUUUUUUCUUAAAAUCAGAAGUUAUUAACAAUUUUGAUCUCUACUCCCAUGCCUUUAUCGCUUCUGAAAUUCCAAAUACCACAAAAGAAUUGGCAUUGAGAAUUAUUAGAACGAUAAGCAAUUACAUUAGUGACGCUUAA